CAGGAUGUAGCUCGGCCCGUUGCCCCCCAGUCGGAAACCGAACUCCUCCGGCCAGCCCUGGUUGGAGGCCGGCAUCGUCAGGACUGCGGAGCAAGGGGGGAAACACAGGAAACACAUCACCACACGGCACCCGCCUUGCGCCGAUCCCCGGAAAACGCUGCACUGUGUUCCAAGGCGAAGCCUAAUAAAACCGCAGAGAAGUCAAAGUACAGGCGUUUGAAAAUAUUCAAAGGAAGAAGAGCUAUCCAGCUGGACAAGACCAGCUGGCCAUAUUGACUGCUGUCCAUACUUGCCCAUUCACAUGGUGAUCUGCAAGCUCAGCUCCAGAACCCGGCUGAUGCUGCCAGAUGGAUUUUCUCUCUCUCUUUGCCGUGUAUGUGGUGUUCGUGGUGACCUGUAUUGUCCUGGUGUGCAAGUACUCCGGCCAAGAGCAGAGUCCUUUCGGGAGGGCAUUAUCUUCUCUGAAGGAGGCUGUCUCUCCCUGGAUUCCGGAAGGUGUGCGGAGCAUUUCCCAUAGGGCCCUGCACAGGCUGUUCCAUCAGCGGAACAGCCUGCUUGUGGCCCUGCACCUGCUGCUGGAAGGCGUAGUGUACGGGGAAUUCACCUAUGAGGUGUUCGGCUUCUGCAGGGAGAUGGACAUGGGCCUGCCCAGUCUGUGCGUGCCCUAUGUACUACUGGCUCUGAAGUCUUAUUUCUACUACCAGUGCUGCGUUCGAGACCCAGGUGUGGUGACGGAGAGGAACCACGCCACCCUGGUGCAGGUCUACCGGUACGACGGGGUGCUGUUUCAGCCGGGCGUCCUGUGCCCCACCUGCUGCUUUGUGAAGCCAGCCCGGUCCAAGCACUGCCGUGUGUGCAACCGGUGCGUGCAGCGCUUUGACCACCACUGCGUGUGGGUGAACAACUGCAUCGGGGCCCAGAACACCAGGCACUUCCUGCUGUACCUCUUGUGCGUGUGCGCCAUGGCGGGCGACAUGGCCGUGCUCACCGCUGGCAUGCUGUUCCACGCCGUGCUGCGCUCCGACCUCCUGCACGCCUCUUACAUCGACCGGCAGGGGCAGCGGCAGCCAGCUGGGCUCUUUUUCAUCGUGCAGCGCCUCUUCCUGACGUUUCCCCGGAUCGUCUUCAUGCUGGGCUUCCUGGUCGCCGUCUUUGCCCUGCUGGCAGGUUACGCCUUGUUCCACCUGUACCUGGCCCUCGUUAACCAGACCUCCAACGAAUGGAACAAGCGGAAAGGCCAAGGCUGCCGCCACUGCGGGCCCGCGGUCUCACAGGGACACUCGCACGCCGCGCAGCGUGGCUUCUACAGCAGGGGCAUCCUUGGCAACCUGAGAGAAAUCCUUCAACCCCUGAGCCACAGCCCCAAGAAGCACACAUAGACAGCACUCUGGUACACCACCGAUCACAGCUGAUCAGGGCAGCUGGGCAAAAUCCUGAGUGAUCCAACACAUUUCCCAGUCACCUGUGCGGUUUCCUUGCUAAGCAAAUGACUUUCUGCUUGCAGCAACAUUCAUUUUUUAAUUUGGAAAUUACGAUGAUCAACAACAUUUGGAAAUUCCUGCUGGUCUAACCCUUGCGACAGUCAUGGGGAAUGGAACACGUGCUUAGGUCUUCAAGACGUGAACUGCUGAGUGGUUCAGGAGCCCCACAAAUUUAGGACAUUAUCCAUGAAUGAAUGAGAUGAGUGUAUAGGGACAAGGCAGGUGGGAAUAAGGUUGUAAUUUUAGUGUUGUGUUUUUUUUAUUGUGACUACACUACCGCAUCGCAUAGUCUGGGUGGGUGGGAAUUCCUCAGUGCUAAAUGCGUUUGGGAUUAUUUUUCCCCCUGCUUGCGAGACACAAUUGGCAGUUAGGUCAAAAAUAGUUUUUUAUUGUUCUGGAUGGAAGCUGAAGCCUGGAAAAACACAAAUUUUCCCCCUACCUGUUCCCCACUUCUCAGAACCUGUAACUGCUUGUUUGGGAUUCAGCUAAAUAAAACUUUAAAAACUGUU